AUGGUGCUCGCGGCCCCGCUGCUGCUGGGCUUCCUGCUCCUCGCCCUGGAGCUGCGGCCCCGGGGGGAGGCGGCCGAGGGCCCCGCGGCGGCGGCGGCAGCGGCGGCGGCGGCGGCGGCGGCCGGGGUCGGGGGGGAGCGCUCGAGCCGGCCGGCCCCGUCCGCUGCGCCGGAGCCGGACGGCUGCCCCGUCUGCGUGUGGCGGCAGCACAGCCGCGAGCUGCGCCUGGAGAGCAUCAAGUCGCAGAUCCUGAGCAAACUGCGGCUCAAGGAGGCGCCCAACAUCAGCCGGGAGGUGGUGAAGCAGCUGCUGCCUAAGGCGCCGCCGCUGCAGCAGAUCCUGGAUCUGCACGACUUCCAAGGCGACGCGCUGCAACCCGAGGACUUCUUAGAAGAGGACGAGUACCACGCUACCACGGAGACGGUCAUAAGCAUGGCCCAGGAGACGGACCCUGCAGUGCAGACAGAUGGCAGCCCUCUCUGUUGCCAUUUCCACUUCAGCCCCAAGGUGAUGUUCACAAAGGUCCUGAAGGCCCAGCUGUGGGUGUACCUUCGGCCUGUGCCCCGCCCAGCCACAGUCUACCUGCAGAUCUUGCGACUGAAACCCCUAACUGGGGAAGGGACCGCAGGGGGAGGGGGUGGAGGCCGGCGUCACAUCCGUAUCCGUUCACUAAAGAUUGAGCUACAUUCACGGUCCGGCCACUGGCAGAGCAUCGACUUCAAGCAAGUGCUACACAGCUGGUUUCGCCAGCCACAGAGCAACUGGGGCAUCGAGAUCAACGCCUUUGAUCCCAGUGGCACAGACCUGGCUGUCACUUCCCUUGGGCCAGGAGCUGAGGGGCUGCAUCCUUUCAUGGAGCUUCGAGUCCUAGAGAACACAAAAAGGUCCCGGCGGAACCUAGGCCUGGACUGCGAUGAACACUCGAGUGAGUCCCGCUGCUGCCGAUACCCUCUCACGGUGGACUUUGAGGCUUUUGGCUGGGACUGGAUCAUCGCACCUAAACGCUACAAGGCCAACUACUGCUCCGGCCAGUGCGAGUACAUGUUCAUGCAAAAGUAUCCACACACCCACUUGGUGCAACAGGCCAAUCCAAGAGGCUCCGCUGGGCCCUGCUGCACCCCUACCAAGAUGUCCCCAAUCAACAUGCUCUACUUCAAUGACAAGCAGCAGAUUAUCUACGGCAAGAUCCCUGGCAUGGUGGUGGAUCGCUGUGGCUGCUCCUAA